AUGGCAGACCAUCAGAGACAAAGGAUUCAUCCAGCAGCAGAUGUGGUAGCGCUGCCAACAACACCGUUGGUGCCUCGUGGUACGUCGCCCUCCGAUAAAGGAAUUCGCAUUCAGCACCUCCCUCCAUUACAGCGCGCAAUGCCUGCAAUCCGAGCAACUCCUACCAAAAACAGAAGCUGUUGUUGCAAGUGUGUAUGUUGGACAAUAAGCCUCAUUGUCCUCCUACUGAUUGCCAUUGCAGCCACGGCCGGCAUUCUCUACCUAGUUUUCAAACCAAAACUCCCCAACUACUCCAUCGACAACUUAAGGAUCAGCGACCUGAGGCUCAAUUUCGACAUGACCCUGUAUGCCAAAUUCGACGUGAUCUUCACGGCCAACAAUCCGAACAAGAAAAUCGGAAUUUAUUACAAGAAAGGAGGCAAAUUAAGUGUUUGGUACACAAAAACUAAGCUUUGUGAAGGGUCAUUGCCAGUCUUCUACCAAGGCCACCAGAACAAAACAAUGCUGAAUGUAGCAUUGACAGGCCAAAGCCAGCAUGGAAAUACGCUGAUGACAGCACUGCAGGAGCAACAACAAAUGGGACGCAUUCCCUUGGAUCUUAAGGUUCAUGCACCAAUGGCAAUUAGACUUGGCAAGUUGCAGUUGAGGAAGGUCAAAGUUUUGGGGGAAUGCUUGUUAGUGGUGGAUAGUCUAUCCACUAACAAUUUGAUCAGCAUUAAGGCCAGCAAUUGCAAGUUUAGACUAAAGCUUUAAGCAUUUCUCUUCCGUUUC